ACUGCGCUGAAAGCUCCAUUGCGCGCACCCGUUCGAUGAAUGACGUCGGUCCAGAUGAGGUCAGGCCAUGUGAAGCCGUGAUCUUGCAGUGUAUUUCCAAGGUUUCAUGCCGUAAAAACGACCCUAUCGUCUCUGGUAGAGUGCACCGCAAAGGACUGCUUUGGGUGAGAAAGAUUAGUUAACCACUUCGUGUGCAACUUUCAGCCACUUAGUUGUAACUCGCGAUGGAAAAUCGUCAUUUACCUCGCAUUGAUACGAACGAGUUGCUACCCCCGUCAGCCUUUUCCCUCUCGGAAGUAUCACACAAUGGUACUAAUAAUCCAGUUCACGGCGCAAUACAUCCACCUACCGAUGACAGUUCAGUCGGAUUUCAGGAAUUCAGUGAUUCGCGAUUCGGUGUGAAUCUUGCACCAGGGGACUUGCUUCUCCGACUACAAGCAGCAGAAGAGCGUGUCAAUGAACUUGAACUUGCUCUGCGAAAUACUCGGAAUGAAACUCUCCAGAUGCAGCGUUUACGGGAUGAGGCGGUCACCGAACUUCAACGUAUGAGGUCAUACAUAGGUUCACGGAACUCCUCCGGUAGUCAAGGUGACGUCACACCGGAAAAGGAAGCCUUGACAACUACUAUUAACAGGUUGAAAAAAGAGUGUUCGAAAUUGGAGGAUAGGAACAUCACGCUUCAGCAGCAGUUGGAUCUUUCGCUAGUGCGUGUUGAAAGUCUGGAGGCUGUUUUGCGUUUACAAGAGAAAGCUUUGUGCCACAAUAUCAGUAAUCAGACGGGUAAAGGAUCGGCAGACGAAUCUAAAUAUGAUCAGCUGCUUUGCAUGUGGCGCACCCAAACAAUUCGUUUGCUUAUGCAGGUGGAAGAAUACAAGGCAGACAGAGAACAUGCCCUGGCUAGACUAGCCCGUAAGGAGGCACAAUUGGAGAAGAUACGCCUAUCCGCUCAGACCGAUCAGGAAACCAUGCAGCUUAAACUUCAAGCCAGCGAAGCAGCCUUUGCCUCGGAAACGAAGCAAACACAAACGCUUGUUGCCAAAUUAGAGCAUGAAUCUCUGCGUUAUCGUAAUCUGGAGGCAGAGCACAAAAUACUGCAACAGAAGUGCACGGCCUCACUUACUACUCUUCGGGCGCAGAGUGAACGUUUAUUACAUUCCAUCCAGUCAUGCUUCCCCACGAAACCGCACUUAACAAGCCAGGCAGCAGACAAUCCGUCCCUCUUGCGAAUUUUACAACGCAUCAGACAAUUAGAAUGUCGGCUCAACUUCGCUUCAAACAGGCUCCCUCUGCUACGAACUCAUAUGGCGCAUCGAUGGUGUAUACCACCAGGUCGAUCUAAUCAAGGCACACAAACCGGACCGAGUGACACAGAUCUGCUUAGCGGUGUUUCACAAAUGGAGUUGAAUGAGCUUUUGAAAUUCGCUCAGAAUGAGGCAAGACAAUGUCGUGCUGAACGAGAUGUCGCUCUCAGCAAGCUCGAGCAAAGCGCCAAAUGCUUUCACCAGCGCGUGCAAGCGGCUCAAGACGAGGUCAAGACGGAACUUUGUACACUUCGUGAAUCGGUUCGCAUGCUUGAGGUUUCUUUACAAGAGAAAACGGAGGAACUGUCUCGAUGCAAAUCAGGCUUCAACGACCUGAGAUCCAGUUACGCAGAAUUACAGAAGUCUGCAGAGGCGGAACGGAGGGAACUCCAAGCCAAGAUCAGUGAAUCGGAAGAUCAACUUACCAAAGCGAAAGCCGAGCUUCGCAAAGCCAAACGUUGCCUCGAUCUUGAAUUAAAGAGACACAAAAUCCGGAUUCCCGAACCGCGGUGUGCUUUUGAAGCGUCCAGCCGAACUCCCGAGAGCACCAUAAAGCCUACGAUUCCUUUUCAACCUAGACAAACAAGCUCCAACGAAACCUCACUGAAUAUGAACCAAAUGGGUUCCCUCGUCCAAUCACUAAAAGAGCUGACUCAGCUGGCCAACUGCUUACGAUCCAGCAGCUCAAGCGAUUCAGAACCAGAUAGUGGUUCUGGCUCAUAGACUAUUCUAUAUCAGACUGUCCUGAUUGCCG